CAGACGGGGGGGAGUGUGUGUGUGUGUGUGUGUGUGUGUGUGUGUGUCGGAGAAACGCUCAGUGUGUGUGUGGGAGUGUGUGUGUGUGUGAGAGAGAGAGGGAGAUGGACGAUCUCCGCUGCUGACUCCGGACAGCUCCUUGUGGCAGAACAGUGCGGCGCGAUGGACAAAGAGCCCCAAACGAAAGCAGAGCAGUCCAAAAGUCCAACCACCUCCACUACGACCUCCACCCCCACCACGACCUCCACGAGCACCACCCCCCCAGCCGUGAGCCCCCCACAUCCCCCCAAUGGCACGGCGAAGAGCAGCUCUGCUCUCACGGCGGUCACCACCUUCCACAGCCAGCCUCCGCCCUCAGACAGAAAAGUCACUCAGGUCAAUCUGUUUGGGGACAGACUGGCUCCUGCUUUCUCAGCCACUGUUUCAUCUCAAAAAACAGUGUCGCUUCCCAGCAUGCCCGGCGCAGCCACACUCAUCCGAGCCACCCAGAGCUCCAGUCCCACCGGCAUCAACCACAAGAUCUCACCGCAGGCCCUGCUCGUAGGGAAGGGUCCCGCCAAUCAGACCCAAAUGCUCCUGAGGGCUCAGAUGCUGAUUUUAACAUCUACAGUGCGACCUGAUGCCCCUGUCCUCUCCUCCUCUUCCUCCUCCUCUCCUUCUUCCUCUUCACCUCGAUUCCCUUCUUCACAGCUCCAGAGUUUGACACUCCGCCCCCCUCCACCUGGUACACUGACCAUCCCACCAAACCUGCCCCUGAAGUCCGCCUCCCCCUGUCCGCCCCCAGCCCUGACCCGUGCCCGAGUGCCCACCCUGACUCCAAGACCCUGCCCACAACCGUGCAGCCCUGGAAAGGACAUGCCCACAAAGACAGAGGGUGCCACCUCGCCAUUACCCUCAGCCCCACCCAAAGCUCCACCCGUUCGCCAUCUUACCGUGCCGCCGCCAUCUCUUUAUGCUCCGGCUCAGUCUCACGCGCUGGCCAAGCAGAAGUUAAGCAGCAGCCUUAAGAGACCUCACAGUCAGAUCAGCAUUCCGCAGCAUCCGUUCCCUUCGAGGCAUCCACAUCCGAAUUCCUCUCCGAUCGUACCAAAGAAACCUCUCCCCGAGCUGAAGCGUUGUCCGUCCACCCAGGCAUCACCCAGUGGCCCGAGCCCGACCUCCGCCGUGCCCAUCACCGUACCCAAUCUCAGCAGAACCCACCUGUCUCCACCCACCUUGACCCUACCGCUGACCCCCGCCUCACCUGGAGGCUCCUUACUCGCCACGAAACAGCUCCUGAGGAUCGCUCUGUCCUCCGCCUCCGCCUCCACCCAGUGCACCAACGGCCAGGCGAAGUCGUCCACCAUGUCCCCAUCUCACGAUCUUGGCCAGCCGAAGCCUCAGCUCUCUCCCGCAUCGGCCAAACCCGAGUGUCCGAUCCCUUCACCACAGGGCUCCAACACCUGCCCCCAGCUGGUGCAGCUGUCCCCCUCCAGACAGACCUGGACAUCUCCACAACGAGCUUCACCUCCAUCUCCGGUCCUCCCACUCGUCUCCACCAGCUCCACACCUUCACCCGUGCCUCCACAGUCCCCUCUCACUUCCAUCACACACACCACUGACACCACCAAGGAACUGAAAAGUGCAAAGCUGAAGACGAAGCUGGGGAACGGCCCUGAGGAGAUUCCACAGGAUCUCAAACUUCCAUCACUACAGACAAAAAGUGUGGAAGGAACCCAAACAUCACAGAGCGUUUGUACAGAACCACAGCCUUCAGGAACCGCGGACAAGCCUGCAGUGUGUAAACGGCCGGCGGUGUGUACAGAAGAACCGAAGUUGCAGAAGACGCCAUCUGUGUCUGUAGCAUCGACAGCUGGACGAAAAGACGUUUGUGAGGACGCGUUGUCUCAUGCAGACAAUCACUCAGCCAUCUCCUUGGAUCCGUCCCCAGUCCCGUCCUCCAUGAUACGACCCUCAGUCGUGUCUCCCGCCAAACUCCCGGGCGUUUCAGAGAGCGCGCCCACGCAGCAGCCGUCCUCCAGCCUCAUGGGACCCGCAGAACCCAAAAAAACGCUCGUCCUCACUCACCUUGUGGACGGUUUUAUCAUUCAGGAAGGACUGGAACCGUUCCCGGUGAAUAGGUCGUCUUUGAUGGUGGGUCCAAACUGUGGUUUAGGACUGAACGGAGCAAACGGACCAGGCGUCUGUAACGCCACCUCAGAAUCCCCCGAGAACUCGACCGACUCGGACGACGAGAUUUCUGUCACAAAUAACGGUGUGAGUGUUGGACACAGACUCGUCCUGCAGUGUCACUUCUGUAAGAGGAAAGGAACGGCGCAAACCUUCAACCGCUCCAAGCGCUUCUGCUCCAAAUCCUGUGCAAAGAGGUUCAGCUACACGAAGCGUUUCCGAGCUCUGCGGCGCUGCGUCAGUGAAGGAGGACAUCGAUCUGAACUUAACGGAGCCGAGGACGAGAUCGAGGAGGGAUCUUUCCAGCAGGUAAAACAUGGCACAACGGAGCAGUGGAGGAUUCUCCAGCGCCCCCCACAGGACGGUGAGGACGAGGCCGCCGCUCCGAUGAAGACGAGGCUGCGCAGACACACGGAGCAGAGCGUGAGGGAGAGAGAGACCAGGACCGGCGAGAUCACAAGCGCUCCCACGUCACCUCUGGACGUGGUUUCACCCACGGACCUGUCUCCACACUCCAAACCUGCGCAGUGGACCGUAGACCAAGUGUGGAGCUUCAUCGCCAAUCUACCGGGAUGUCAGGACAUCGCUGAAUCGUUUCGAGCGCAGGAGAUCGACGGACAGGCCCUGCUGCUGCUCACUGAAGACCACCUGAUGAGUGCCAUGAAUGUCAAACUGGGACCCGCACUCAAAAUCUGUGCCCGAAUCAACUCGCUGAGAGAAGGAGGGAGGUAAAGAAGAACCCAGAGAGAGAGAGAGAGAGAGACAGGUUUGAGUCUUGUGGACGAUCAGAGCACUUGCCAAUAGAAUAGAGCCAUUUUGUGCACUUUAAUCUUUAAAGAGAUUCACGCGGUGAAGUCAACGUGUCGAGGUAAUGUGUGUAUUUUUGCUUGAACUGAUUUAGACUAACAUUACAGUAGCCUUCCGUAACCUUUAGCCUCUGUCUGAAAGCAUGAUAGCAAUAUAAUGGUCCCCUUAAUUUCUGUGAACAUAACGCGAGAUCUAUAUCCAGUCCUAGUGCGAGGGAAAUGUUCGUGUCUGCUUCUUUUUUUUUUCUGUAGCUGAUUGGCUCGAAAUCAUAAUCAGGGUUUGUCGAGUUUCUAUUUUUCACUAAAAGGACGACACUUCCUGUGUCUGUGGAGGAAUUAGACAAGAGUGGAAGUGCUAUAAAUGUGCGCAUGUCCCUCCCCUUCCUGUUGUAGAUAUUUUCUUAUUGUACUGUAUAUGUGUACAUGUAUAACGAUGCAGUGCUCUGUGUGUAUAAAUCUAUACAAAAUGUUUUGUGAAGGAUUUGUAAUAUUUAAUAUAUUUGUCUUCUAAGGCUCUAGGAAAUACAAAUGCAAGCGAUUUGAGAUUUUUAAGCAUUUUUAAAAAAAAGAUAAUGAUGUUUGACAUGCUGAUAAGAUUAUGUAGGCUAAAUGAGAUGAGAUGAAAUUUUAUCAGAGCAUCUUCACUCCAGUGGAAACGUGGAACCCGAACACGUGGAACAUGUGGCAGUACGCAGGUACUUAAACACACAGUCUCGCCUAACGAAGGUACAGCGAAGGUGGUGCCUUUUUCUGACAUGGAGACCUUAUAAAACUGCUGUAGACAUUGUACUAUAAUCUCGUGUCAUCCAAGUGUUGUAUGUCACAGUUACAUGACCUUUCUUGUGCCAUUUUUGAUUAUUUAAUUAAACGAACUACAUUUUGUUACUGAAA